AUUUUAACAAGAAAAUCCAAAGCCAUACUAUUUUGGACUAUAGUAUGUAUAAGCAUUAAUUGCUGAUUGAAAAGGAUAUUGAGAAAAAGACUAUGCUUUAAAAAAAAUAAAGAGGAAUUGGAGAGUCUUUAUUUGCUCAAUUAAGAUUAUAUCUGGAAUUUCAUCUCUGUAACUAAUUACUAGUGACUUUUAUCAAUGUAGCAAAGCUAAAUUUCCAAAAACGAUAAGAGCAUUAGUAUAUGGAGCAAGUGAAAAAGCUUUGUAAGAAGCGGUGCUAAAUUAACAUCGCGGUAUAGUUCCUUAUUAUUCUUUACGAGAGUUGGAACUUAAAAAUAAGAUAAAUAAGAUCCAUUGUUUCUAGUGAGAAAAAAGACUUAAGACUAUAAUUUAGCUUUGAAAUUACCUGAAAAGAAAGAGUUAAUUUAUACCAACUAGGGAUUUACUGCUUUAUUAGAAAAGAAAGUUGUAAAAGGUAAAGAAUAAAAUACUAGCUAUAUCUCACUGUGUUAAAAGAAUUUUGUGCAUAAAAUUCUCUAGAGAACCCUCAAAAAGAUUAUGAAUUAGGUAAUUUUUAGAAAAUGUUUACAGAAAAAAUCAUUCGAAACUAGCACAAGUACUUGGAAUGCAUACUCGCAAUCUUUAUAUGAUGUUUCUUAUUAUAAUCCUUUGGCCAAAGAGUUUACAGGAACUUACCUCCUAAUACCACCAUAUAAAAUACUCAUCUUGAAAUGGAAGAAGCUAUUUAAAUCACAGGUGUGAU